GUUUAAGAAUUGUCUUUCUCACGUCACUUUUACAUCUCGAGAUAGGUUCCCAGGUUUCAUAUGACUUUUAUAUCACAUGAUGUGUUUGGUCGCAGCAGACUGUAGAAAAAUUACGAUAUUUUGAAUACCACACAUGAAAAACUAAAUUAACAGGAAAACACAAAAUGUAGAUUUUGUCACCAAAACUUUAUUGAUCGGUGUAAUUAGUUUCUGAAAAUUAAAUGUUAAUAACGACAAUCUUGUUUGCAGUUAAUAUCGUUAAUGAUCGGAGUUAACGACUUAUACACCAAUAUAUGUUGGAAUUCUUCACCUUCGUCAAUUCUCGAUAAACACAAAGCAGAUUUAAUUCAAGUUUUGACGACAUUGAGAGAAAAUUUGCCACGAACUUUGAUAUCGUUUAUUCCGCCACAAAAUAUGAAAACAUUAGUUGACAGUCGUAAGAGUAAACCAUCUUUUACAUGUGACCUUAUGACGAAUAGCGAAAGUUCUUGUAUGUUUGGGCUUAGAUAUCAAAGUUUUAUACCAGAAUAUUAUAAAAUCAUGAGACAAUGGCAAGAGUUGGACAUGGAAAUCUCUAUUUAUCCUGAAUUCCAGAGGGACGAUUUUGCAGUCAUAACUCAGGCUAUUAUAUUAGAUUUAAGCAUACAACUCGCUUCUGAUGUGUAUGCCGAUACGACAUAUUUCACCAUAGAUUGUUUUCACUACAGUCAGAAAACUAUCGCUUGAAGUAAAUUUUGCAAUGUGGCCAAGUAAGGCCUUUCCGAAGUUGGACACAGAAACCUCUCAAAAAGAUCAUGCCAGGAUUUCGUUUUAACGCCAACUGGUUCCAAUAAGUUAUUCCACAAACCAUUUGCAACUACAAAAAAAACGUUGAUAAAUUAUUUGUUCAAAAAAAAUUGAGUUAAAGGAUUUCUAGUAGUUAAAUACAAUU